AUGUCUGCGACAAAUCUGCCGAGUGAGGCGCCCGCGCCUUGCUCAGGGGCAUCGCCAUGUCCCAACGCCAAGCAGCGCGGCUGGCGACGCAUCGUCCGCAACUUUACACCCUCGUGGUUCGCCGUCAACAUGGGCACGGGCAUCACAUCGAUCCUGCUCCACAACCUCCCGUACAACGCUCGACCCGUGCAGUACAUCUCAUACGGCAUCUUUGGCCUCAACGUCGUCCUCUUCCUCACCUUUCUCGGCAUCUCACUCACACGCUACAUCGUCUACCCAAAGGUAUGGACCGCCAUGAUCAACCACCCAGCGCAGAGCCUGUUCCUCGGCACGUUCCCCAUGGGUCUGGCCACGAUUGUGAACAUGAUUACCUUUGUGUGCGUGCCAGCCUGGGGCGGGCAGUGGUGGCGCGUGGCCUGGGGACUUUGGUGGAUCGACGCGGCCAUCUCUGUCGCGUGCUGCUUUGCGCUCCCCUUCAUCCUCAUGGCGUACCAGGGCCAGAGUAUGGACAGCAUGACUGCCGCAUGGCUGCUGCCCAUCGUAUCGACCAUUGUUGCGUCGUCGACGGGCGCCAUUGUGGCAGAUGUGAUUCCGGCGGCGCACGCGAACCUCGCCCUGAUCACCGUCAUUGUAUCCUACAUCCUCUGGGCUACCGGUGUGCCCCUGGCCAUGAUGGUGCUCACAGUUUACUUUCUUCGCCUGACGACCGUCAGCUUGCCCCCCAACGCCGUGAUUCCCUCUACGUUCCUGCCCCUGGGGCCCCUCGGACAGGGUGGGUUUGGGAUCAUGCAGCUCGGGAAGGUGCUGGUCAAGAUCGCACCCAAGGUCAACAUUCUGCCCGCAGCGGCCAAGGCCGAGGAGGUCAUCUACGUCCUUGGCUAUAUGAUGGGGCUGAUCAUGUGGGGAUUCGGGCUCGUCUGGCUGGGCCUCGCCGUGGCCACGCUUCUGACCCGUAGGAGCAUCCCGUUCAACAUGGGGUGGUGGGGCUUCACCUUUCCCCUGGGUGUGUUUGCGGCGAGCACGACCACGUUGGCCGCCGAGACCCCUUCUGAAGCCUUCAAGGUUCUGGGCAUGAUCCUCUCCCUCUCGGUCGUUGCGCUGUGGCUGCUGGUCGUUACGAGAACAGUGAUUCAUCUCUUCAGGGGAGAUUUGCUCGUUGCGCCUUGUCUUAAGCAGGUCGAGCGGGAGGAAGAAGAGGCAGCUCGGCGUAAGCUCAUGGGCGAGGGUAGCUGCUGA